ACAGAUCAUGAGAGAAGAAACUAGAAUCUAGAAAAAAAAAAAAAAACAGAUUUUAACAAAGAAAAUGAGAGCUCAGGUUUUAAUAUGCCCAACAAUAACAUUAAAAGCAUAUGGUCAUCUCUAUUGUGCGCCACGUAGACUUCACCGCUACGGUUCAUCUUCACCAUCUCAAUUUCUAAAUCUCAAUCUCUCUCGUUUCUCCGGUCGUCUCCUCACUUCCUUCUUUAGUAUGCAGUUUCAGAGUGGAGCUGGCUCUAGUGGCAAGAAAGCAAUGGUGGAAAAUUUGAAGCGGUACGGUGUGAUAUCAUCUAAGAGAGUAGCUCAAGUUAUGGAAGAUUUGGAUAGAGGUCUCUUUGUACCAGCUGGAUCUUCAGCUUAUGUUGAUACUCCUGUACCUAUUGGUUAUAAUGCUACCAUUUCUGCUCCCCAUAUGCAUGCCACUUGCUUGCAGCUCUUGGAAGAUAAGCUCCAGCCUGGGAUGCGUGCUUUGGAUGUUGGUUCAGGAACCGGGUACUUGACUGGCUGUUUCGCGCUGAUGGUUGGAGCUGAGGGACGCGUUGUUGGUGUGGAUCAUAUCCCUGAAUUGGUUGAUAUGUCUAUCAAGAAUAUAGAAAAGAGUGUAGCUGCUUCUUUGCUUAAGAAAGGAUAUCUCUCCCUACAUGUUGGUGAUGGAAGAAAAGGUUGGCAAGAGUUUGCACCUUAUGAUGCCAUACACGUAGGAGCAGCGGCAUCAGAAAUCCCGCAGCCCCUUUUGGAUCAGCUAAAACCCGGUGGGCGAAUGGUGAUUCCACUAGGAACCUAUUUUCAAGAGCUCAAGGUAAUUGACAAAAGCGAGGAUGGUUCCAUCAAGGCACAUACAGAAACUUCAGUUAGAUAUGUGCCCCUCACUAGCCGUGACGAACAGUUAGGAGGAUUUUAACAAAGAAACAAACUCUAUUUCCCACGUCUUAGUGUACAUAUAAGGUUGUGUAAUGUCUUGUAAAAUGUUUUGAUGGGUAAUAAAGAAAAUAUGUUUACAAAA